AUGUCUGCCCAGGUCUACUCUGCCAUGCCUCGUCAUCCGUUCAGCGUUCCCGUCAAUCACCAUGCGAUUAACCGUAGAAACACUCCGCCGGGUACCCCACCUCCAGCACAACCGCAAGGAAAGUUGAAAGAGCCGCCGUCACCUCCGCUGCCGAGGCAGAACGCAAAGGUUACCCCCCCCUCUCCACCUAAGAUUAUCACCGAUAAGAACCGCACUCUCGAGUAUAUCCGGGUUGGCUUGCUCGGCGAGGGUGGAUUUGCACGUGUUUACGAAGUCCAGGAUCCUCGCGGUUCACGAGCAGCAUGCAAGGUAGUAACGAAAUCGUCUCUGAAAACCAAGAAAGCUAAAACAAAGCUCUACGCAGAAAUCAAGAUACAUCGCUCCCUCGAGCAUCCCAACAUUGUGCGUUUCCAGGACUGCUUUGAGGAUGACGACAACGUAUACAUGACCCUCGAACUCUGUCACAACGGAUCGCUCAUGGACAUGCUCCGCCGUCGCCGCCGAUUCACUGAGCCUGAGGCAAGGUUUUUUAUGAUUCAGCUCAUUGGUGCUUGUGAGUAUAUGCACACGCACCAAGUGAUUCAUCGCGACUUGAAGCUGGGCAAUAUUUUCCUGGAUAAAAAUAUGAACGUGAAGGUUGGCGACUUUGGUUUGGCUGCUCUCAUCGAAAGCCCUGGCGAGCGUAAGAAGACUAUUUGUGGGACGCCGAACUACAUCGCACCAGAAGUACUGUUCGAUACUGCGAAUGGACACAGCUUCGAGGUGGAUACGUGGUCCAUAGGCGUUAUAUUGUACACGCUCGUGGUGGGGCGUCCUCCCUUUCAGACUAAGGAUGUCAAAGCUAUUUAUAAGAGGAUUCGAGAUAACGAGUAUGAGUUCCCUGCUGAUCGUGUAGUGUCGCAGCAAGUCCAGGAGCUUGUACAGCAAACGUUGACACCAGAUCCCCAACAGCGCCCAACGCUGCACGAAAUCGUAGACCACAGGUGGUUUACAACCGGCAUUGUACCAGGGUACAUCCCCGCAACGGCGCACGAUGCACCACCGGACUUCCGCCACAUCACACGGCCAGUUUCUGAUGCUAAUCUUGCGCGUCUCAAACGGUAUGCAAUGCUAGACGAAGAUCAAGUAACAAACAUUGCUGUGCCGUCCGCGCCUCCUGCAACGACAAGUAGUGUAAGCAAUGGCAAGAUGAAAGACAUGACAUCAAGCCUCGCGAAGCAAGAGAAGGAGUUCCAGAAGGCUGUGCAGCCCGGGAGUCCCAUCUCCGCUCUACUUAGUUCUGCAAGACAGCCUCUCAUGGUUGCACCCGUGUCGACUAGAGGUGAGCCACCGCUCAUCAGGAAGCUGCAGAAUGCCAGAGACGGACGGUCGCCGGCGCGCGCACGGCUUCAUGGUAUUCUAGAACGGGAGGAGGACGAGGGCGCGCUGAAGAAAGAAGAGACGCGGAGAAAAGAGUUAGAAUCACAGAAAGCGCGGAUCGUGGCGCAGAUGGUGCCAGAUAGCGCUGCAGGUUCUGCAUACGGCCAAGAUGACCGAGAGAACGUCGCGCCGGCCGCUAUGCGCGUCGACCAUAAGACACGGGAGCGAGCGAAGGAGAAAGAGAAGGAGAAGGAGGUUUUCCGGGGCGAACCGAUCGUUAGUACCGGCGUGCCAAAUUCAGGCCUUCCGCUCAGACCGAACAGCUUCGAUGCAGCAGCACAAACCCUUACCCAAGCAUUUGAUGCGAGGAGCCGCGGUAGAUUGUUCAGAGAUCCACGGGAGGAUGUCAACCUGCCAGAUCCGAAAGUGUUCAUCGUUUCCUGGGUGGAUUAUUGCAACAAGUACGGGAUGGGUUACGCUUUAACGGAUGGAUCUGUGGGAGUACACUUCAAUGAUAGCACCUCUGUCGUGAUGAGUGCAGACAAGCAUCAUUUCGACUAUAUUCAGUCUCGUCGCGAGGGCACCGUAUUCGUGCGCAAGAACCAUACAGUGAACGAGUUCCCAGAAGAAAUGAAGAACAAGGUUUACUUGUUGAAGCACUUUGAGCGGUAUAUCAUGGAUCGGCUGUAUGGCGAGUACGAGUACGCGUAUCAGGACAAGGAACGUACCAAGGGAAUGGACUUCGUACAGAGGUAUUUGCGUAUGAAGCACGUGAUUGUCUUCAAGAUGAGCCACGAUGUCCUGCAGUUCAACUUCUAUGACCACUCGAAGGUGAUACUAUCUUCGCAGGGCUUGCUAGUGACGCAUAUAGACAAGAACUACAACCUGACGCGAUGGACGCUGAGUGAGAUUAUGGCCCAGUCCCUCCGCCCGUCACGUCUGGAUCCGGAACAAAGCAAGUUCCACUCCCGCCUUAUAGACAAGGUCAAAUACUGUAAGGAGGUGCUGCUGUCUAUCAAGACUGCCGCUGUAAACGUCGAGCUGGCUCAAGACGUUGAUCAAGAAAACCGGCCAGCGAUAGGCACAAAGUCGUCGAAGACCUCACUCAACUAG